AUGUCUUCUAGUAGUUUGCAGAAGAACAAGAUUUUAUCACCAAUAAGGAAACAAAGAACAGAAGCAGUCAAACCUUUCACUUGUUCUCAGUGUGGAAAGAGUUUCAAACAGAAAAGUCAUCUUGAGGAGCACAUGAGAACUCACACUGAAGAGCGACCAUACAUGUGUCCUCAGUGUGGAAAGAGUUUCGACUGCAAAUCAACGCUUAAAAAGCACAUCAGAAUUCACACUGGAGAGCGUCCAUACACAUGUCCGCAGUGUGAGAAGAGUUUCAACUGCAAAUCAAUGCUUGAGGUGCACAUUAGAAUUCACACUGGAGAGCGUCCAUACACAUGUCCGCAGUGUGAGAAUAGUUUCGACUGCAAAUCAACGCUUGCGAAGCACAUUAGAAUUCACACUGGAGAGCGUCCAUACACAUGUACUCAGUGUGGAAAGAGUUUCAGCCGCAAAUCAACACUUGUUGAGCACAUGAGAACUCACACUGGAGAGCGCCCAUACACUUGUUCUCAGUGUGGAAAGAGUUUUAUAAAGAGAUCAACGCUUGAAGAGCACAUGAAAAUUCAUAGUGAAGAGCGCCGAUAUGCAUGUCCUCAGUGUGGAAAGAGAUUUAGACAGAAAUCAACGUUUAAGGUUCACAUGAGAAUUCACAAUGGAGAGCGCCGAUACACGUGUACUCAGUGUGGAAAGAGUUUCAGACAGAAAAAUCAUCUUAAUGUCCACAUGAGGGUUCACACUGGAGAGCGUCCAUACACGUGUCCUCAGUGUGGAAAGAGUUUCAAACAGAAAACACGUCUGGAGGCGCACAAGAAAAUUCACACUGGAGAGCGUCCAUGAACAUGCCUUCACCAUAAAAUGUAGAUUUGCUCUUAAAGGAACACUUCAUCUGAGAAGUUAAAUUAGCCUAUAUUUUACUCACUCUCAAGCCUUUCCAUGUGUAUUUGACCUUCUUCUUUAAGCGCACCGCAGUCGGAGUUAUACUGAAUAAUAUCCUAGCUCUUCCCAGCUUGGUAAUAGUGGUGGAUUUGGUGGACAUUAUUUUGAAACUCAAAAUGCGCAUGAAGCUAAUCCACACGCCUCCAGGGGGUAACAUGUCCUCUGAAGCGGAUCUAUUGGUUUUUGUUAAAUAUUUUUAUUUCAACAAUUAUAAACUAUAAUCACUGGCUUCCGGCAACAGGAUUGGUAGAACUGAUCAUGAGGUGGGCUCAGAGAAACAUGCAGCAUUAAAUAUAGUGAAAGACAGAAACACUGCAGUUGUUGUUACUCCCCCUCGUGUCAUCUAAGAUAUAGGUGACAUUGUCACCAAAGUAGAACAGUAAAGAAAUUCAUUAGAUGAAAUCGUGUUCUUUGGUCAUUCAUGCAAACGCUGUGUCUUGGAAAGUUCAAAAAGCAGACACGGGCAACACAAACGCAAUCCCUGCGCCUCCUGACGUUAUAUUAAUGUCUUAUGAAGCGAAUCACAAGAUUUAUAAGAAACUGAACACUGCCCUUCAUAGUGAGUAGGGAACAUGGAACUCGUCAGAUGUUUCAGACACGCAAAGUGCAGUUUGGCAGACUGUAGAUCACCAGUCAUAAUGUCAUUCAGUUUCUUGAACAGAUCAAUCUUUUGCUUAAUAAAACGUGAAUAUAUCGUCAGGAGGCGCACAUAUUACUGUUAUGUUGCCUGUAUGUGUAUUUUCAAUUUGAAAAACAUUGAACUUGUAGACUUACAUUUUAUGAAUGACCGUGGACCAGGAUUUCAGGUUGUGUGUAAAAGUCUUUACUGUUCUGCUUGAAACAAUGUCACAUACAUCAUGGAUGGCCUGAAGUUGAAUAAAAUGACAGCCAACUCCUCUACAGACAUGUACACUCAGUGAUAAACCAAUGAAAUCUUGGUUAAAACAGUAAAAAAAAGGCAUGCAGUAUUUAUGGGAUUUCUUUAUUAAUUUCUGCAUACCGGGGCCCUCAUAGUGGAUAUAUAUAUGUACUGUAUAUAUAGCUUUGUAUAAUUCUUCUGUAAACUUUUCAGAGGAAACGUUUAAUAAACUACAAAACUUGGAAAAUCAUCUUCUGCUGUAAGUGAUCAAAAGCUUUAUGAAGUCACCUGUCAAAGACGCUUUAGCAUGUCCAAAAGUUUAAGGCCCUUGCACACACAGCUGUUUGGAAAUGUUCAAAAAAUAUUUUGUUAUUAAACAGCAAUUUGUGUUUUAAACAAACACAUGAAACAGGAUUUUUUUGCAAUUAUAUGCUUCUUCAAUAAGGUAAAAUGUGUUUCGUUAAAAGUAGAAAAGUAGUCUCAGAAUUGAUUAUUGAUAAUUCAUUCAAUUUAACCAGGUAAAUACAAUAGUAUCUAGUACUCCGAGUAGUUUUUGAGAAGAGUAAUUUUUCCUACUAUGGGAGUCAAUGGGGGGCAAGGUAGAGCUAGAGGAGAUCAUCCUGAAAGUGAGUUUAAAUGAUGAGAGGAAUUUGAUUUUAUUUCUUAUGUAAAUACUUCAUACUUCAGUCGUUUUCUCUUCAUGUUCUAUAUUCUUGAGGUGUUUGUUGUCUUCUCUUGAGCUGUAUUGAGCUCUAUAUGUUUUUAUACAGUAAAGACAGCAGAAGGAUCAUCA